AAAAAAUCAUGGCCUAAUUUUCGUUACAACAAACGGUCACUUUUAAGGCCUCACAAAUUGUAAACAAUAAUAAACAAUAUUUUAAAAAAUAACAUUAAAAUUACCUAAAACUUAGCUAUAAAACGAUGUACUCUUCAUUAAACACAAAUAUCUAAUUGAUUGGAAUUCAUGUACCCAAUAAAAACAUCAGAAAAUGGAAUAACGACCCUACAUACUUGUUCAUCAAUGAAGUAAUUAGUUCCGAGGACUCUGCAGAAAUGAUAGCUAAAGUGGAUUUAAUCAAAUCCCCCAACGCUGUUGGGGAGAACGAAGAACCAUUUAAUGCUAAAAAAGAGAUUCAUAGAUUAAAUAAAGAAAUGGAUAUGGUUCUUGAGAAUCAGAAAAAAAUGCUAAAUGUUUUGCGGAAGCUUGUCAAUGAACCUGUGGAUACGCCGGCCCUCGAUACCGUAGCGGUAGAAUCUCUUAUGGACGCGGAGGAUAAUGACACGGCUCAGUGGAAACCCCAAGAAUUUCCCCUUUCAAAUGUGGAGCAACUUCAAACUGUUGAGGAUGAACUGGCUGACCAAUUAAAAGCCAUUUCAUACUUAAAAAUCUUGAAGAUAAUGAUGAAACCCCAUGGCACUCUUCGAAGUGGUGGACUUCAGAAAAACUUUAAUCUCAUACUCGAAAUGGAGCUGCUGGUCGACAUGAACUACAAUGGCAUUCACAAUAAAAUUCCUUUGAGGAAAUUUACAAAGUUCAACAAUACUUUAUAUGAGGCUUUGAAAACGGAUAGAUAUCUGAAAGAUGACUAUAUCGCAGAUAUAAGACAGGCAUUUCGUAUCUGUAAGAAUCGAAGAAAUAAAUACGCCUGUACUGCUCGAAAGAAAAUUAGAGAGGCAACCGCCAAUGCGGAAACUGAAAUCAAAUUUGAGGAGAUUAUGUAUUCCACUUUUAGUUCGUAAUAUAAUAAUAGUUAUGUUCAUUUUUAAGUUGA